AGUGAACUCCGAGUCUCCGAGCAUCAGAGCAUGCACCUGACCAAAACUAUGGAGAUGAUCUCAAAACCCUUCCUCUUGGCAUCUCUUCUUCCGCUCCUCACAUGGCUACUCUCGCGCUUGCUCUCGGCCUCACACCGCAAGAACAACGCCGGCGGCCAAGGCCGGCGUAGUAUCCCUAGCCCGCCGGCGCUCCCCGUCGUCGGCCACCUCCACCUGCUGAAGAAGCCGCUCCAUCACUCGCUCGCCGCCCUCGCCAAGCGCUACGGCGGGGACGACGCCGGCGCCGGCCUCCUCCUACUAAAGUUCGGCUCCAAGCCGGUCGUCCUCGUCACCUCCCCGGCCGUCGCCGGCGAGUGCUUCACCGCGCACGACGUCGCGCUCGCGGACCGCCCGGGGCUCGCGUCGCGGCGACUGCUCACCGAGGACUGCCCCGCCAUCGCCAUGUGCAACUACGGCCCGCUGUGGCGCCAGCUCCGGCGCCUCGCCACCGUGCACGCGCUGUGCGCGCACCGCCUCGCCGCCACCGCCGCCGUGCGCGACGCCGGGGCACGCGCCAUGGCGGCGAGUCUCUGGCGGCGCGCCGCCGGGGCCGGGGUGGCGGCGGUCCCCGUCCCCGUGAAGGCGGCGGCGUACGAGUUCGUGGUCGACGUCAUCAUGGACGUGGUCGCCGGGGAGCACAUGACGGAGGAGCAGGUGCGGCGGUUCAAGGAGAUGACGGAGGCGGCGUUCGCGGCGGCGGGGGCGGCGAACCGGCACGACUUCCUGCCGGCGCUGCGGCUUCUGGACUUCGGGAGGACGGCGAAGAGGCUCGCCGCGAUCGCCAAGGCGCGCCACAGGUUCGGCCAGAGCCUCAUCGACGACUACCGGCGGCGCCACCCUCGUUUCGCCUCCGAGCUGGAGACACCGAGGACGGUGAUCGGCGACCUGCUCAGGCAGCAGCAAGAGGGGUCGCGGGAGCCGCUCGACGACGUGGUCAUCCGUAGCGUCUGCCUGAGCUUGCUACAAGCAGGGACCGACACGUCCUCCAGCACAGUUGAGUGGGCAAUGGCUCUUCUGCUCAGCAACCUGGGUGUGCUCAAGAAGGCAACCACCGAGAUCCACUCCGUCGUUGGCACAUCCCAACUGAUGAACGAAUCCGACCUCGCCAGACUCCCCUACCUGCGAUGCAUCAUCCUCGAGACCCUCCGGUUGAAACCACUGACCCCAAACCAUGUUCCUCACGAAGCGUCACGCGACUGUGUGAUCGCUGGCCACACCGUCGCGCGUGGGGCAAUGGUGCUAGUCGACGUGUACUCCAUGCAGAGGGAUCCUACGAUGUGGGAGGACCCGGAGAAGUUCAUGCCGGAGAGGUUCAUGGAUGCGGAUGAAGUGGAUGGAGAUGGUGGUAGGUUCAUGAUGCCGUUUGGGUUGGGGCGGCGAAAGUGCCCAGGCGAGGGUCUCGCAUUGAGGACGGUUGGGAUGGCACUGGGGGUAAUGCUACAAUGCUUUGAGUGGAGUUGUGUUGGAGAGGAGGUGGACUUGAGUGAGGGGUCUGGUCUUACCAUGCCCAUGGCUGUGCCUCUUGUUGCUUUGUGCCAACCACGUGCGGAGAUGGAGACGCUGCUCAGGAGUCUCUAGGAAUAAACUAGAGUAGUUCUGUUCAUCUCCAAGACCAUUUCAUGUGCAUGUUUUCAUAAGUCACAUGCGUCUAAUUGUCAGAUUGGAUGUGUAAUUUCAUCAAAUUCUUGGCCUGAUGAACAUACUUUAUAAUAUACUCCCUCCGCUCCUAAAUAAAUGGUGUUUAGGAUCGGGCAAGAAAGGGUGGAGGGAGUAUUUGUAGAUACAAGGGUUCAAAUUGGGGUUUAUGACUUAUGAUGCUCAUGUAUAUAUAUUGCAAUAUUAAGC